UGUCAUUAAUACCCUGUAUCUAUAAUCUCUACAUGUAUCAACACACAACACGCGCAUACAAUACACACAUGUAAAUACAGUAAAUAGUUACAUACAUACAUAUAUAUACAUACACCACGUCGAUGCGGAGCUUACUCGCCUUGCCGGCCGAAUCGCAACAGUAAAUUUUGCGCUGUAGAUCGUGUUCUGGCGUGAGGAAUCGGUGCGAUUGUAGUGGAAUUUAGUUGAAUUUUGUGUUUUCUGUUUCGGUUUUUUCGGAAAAAUAUUCUUUGAGUUUUAGUAGGUGAAUUGUGAUGAUUUUUGUGGGAAUGUGGUUGUUAUGAGUAUUGAUUAAGUAUUGUGAAAAUUGUGGUGUUAGAUUUGAAUUUGUGAGGUUUGUUAGGUUUUGCGAUCGUUUAAGUGCGUUUUUGAAUUGGAUUCGGAUUGUUGAACUGUGAGAGUUUUUGUGGAAGGUGUUGGUAUUGAGGACUGAUCAAGUUUGAUUUGAAGAUAGUGCUACUGUAUUUUGAAUUUCGGGAUAUGAUAGUGUGUGUAGGUGGUGGAAAUUGAGAAUUGAAAUCGUUGCAGCAUGUCUAAAGUGGUAUAUGAAGGUUGGAUGGUUCGGUAUGGACGGAGGAAGAUCGGACGAUCCUACAUUCAUAUGCGGUAUUUUGUUCUUGAGUCUCAGUUGCUUGCUUAUUAUAAGCGGAAGCCUCAGGAUAAUGUGGUUCCGAUCAAGACACUUCUCAUUGAUGGCAAUUGCAGGGUGGAGGACCGUGGACUGAAAACUCAUAAUGGACAUAUGAUUUAUGUAUUAUCAAUUUACAACACGCACGAGAAAUACCAUCGAAUUACGAUGGCAGCAUUUAACAUCCAAGAGGCACUAAUCUGGAAAGAAAAAAUUGAACUUGUUAUCGAUCAGCAUCAAGAAUCAUUGGCUGCCAAUGGUAAAAAAUACCAGUCCUUUGGUUAUAAAUCUGGGAGAGAUAAUGGAAGGAAUGGUUCGUCCUCUGAUCAGGAAAGUCAGUUUAGUGCUGCCGAAGACGAAGAAGAUUCUCAACCAGAUUUACCACGGAGAACAACAAUUGGAAAUGGUCCUCCAGAUUCAAUAUUCGACUGGACACAGGAAAUUUCAGACUUAUCUAAGCAUAAUACUAAUAGUCAGGCUUUAUCGACAAAACAUUGGCGUCUUCUUCAGUGCCAGAAUGGACUACGCAUAUUUGAAGAGCUGAUUGAAGUUGAUCUACUUCCAAAAAGCUGUAGUAGAGCAAUGAAAGCUGUUGGAGUCGUGGAGGCUACCUGUGAAGAAGUUUUUGAGUUGGUUAUGAACAUGGAUACAACACGCUUUGAGUGGGACUGUAGUUUUCAGUAUGGCAGCCUGGUUGAAGAGGUUGAUGGACAUACAUCAAUCGUUUAUCACAGACUUCUAUUGGACUGGUUUCCCACGUUUGUGUGGCCUCGUGACCUUUGUUAUGUGCGUUAUUGGCGUCGUAAUGAUGAUGGAAGUUAUGUUGUGUUAUUCUGUUCAAGGGAGCAUGAGAAAUGCGGUCGACAACCAGGAUUUGUGCGUGCACAUAUUGAGAGUGGAGGUUUCAACAUUUCGCCAAUGAAACCUUGGAAUGGCAGGCCGAGAACACAAGUGCAGCAUCUUAUGCAAAUUGAUCUAAAAGGCUGGGGAGUAGGUUACGCAUCUUCAUUUCAGCAACAUUGUCUGUUUCAGAUGUUGAAUAGCGUUGCUGGUCUGCGAGAAUACUUUUCUCAAAUGGAUAAGAUUAAUGCCCCACCAAGAAUACCUGUCAUGGUUAAUUUGGCAUCUGCUUCUGUUCCUGCGAGGAAGGGUCUGAAGCUGCAGAAGUCAGGCAAUCAUUAUCGUAGUCAGUCUCUUGAUCAAAUUAGCGCUUAUAAUAAAAAAUCGUUACUGGAUGACUCUGAUGAUGAUGAAGAGUAUCAACUGGCUAAUGGCGAGGCAUCCACAACAAUCCUUGAGAAUGAUGUUAGGAGAAUAGCUAUCGAGGAGGAACCUAAGGACGAGCUUGAUCUAUCCUGUUUCUCAGGAAACCUCCGUCAGGAUGACAGCGAAAAUGGUCGUGAUUGUUGGAGGAUUGCUGAUGGGAACAAUUUUCGUGUUCGUAGCAAGCGUUUCUGUUAUGAUAAAUCAAAGAUUUCUGCAGGUAAACAUCUUAUGGAUCUAGUUGCUGUUGAUUGGCUCAAAGACACAAAACGAAUGGACCAUGUUGCUAGACGCCAUAAUUGUGCAGCUCAGGUUGCCUCUGACAAGGGAUACUUUUCCUUGGUGGUCAAUCUUCAAGUACCUGGCACGACAAAUUACAGCAUGGUUUUCUAUUUUGUAACGAGGGAAUUGGUGCCUGGGUCCCUCUUGCAGCGGUUUGUUGACGGAGAUGAUGAGUUUCGUAAUAGUAGACUAAAACUCAUCCCAUCAGUUCCAAAGGGCUCUUGGAUUGUCCGUCAGAGUGUAGGAAGUACCCCUUGUCUGUUGGGAAAGGCGGUUGAUUGCAACUAUAUACGAGGUCCCAAGUACUUAGAAAUUGAUGUUGAUAUUGGUUCUUCCACUGUAGCUAAUGGAGUUUUGGGACUUGUAAUUGGGGUAAUGACAAGUCUUGUUGUAGAAAUGGCUUUCCUUGUACAGGCAACCACUACAGAUGAACUACCAGAGCGAUUAAUAAGCGCUGUCCGUGUUUCUCAUAUUGAGUUGUCAUCUGCUAUAGUUCCAAAGCUGGAACUAGACCCACCAGAAUGAAUUCAAGCUGGUUCACCUCUCCCAAGCAUACACGGUUCUCUCAAAUUUUGGAGGAUUCUAAAGUUGCAGACCAAACGGAUGCCAUAAUUUCUUAAUUAUUUCUGCCAGGGUAACACAAAAUUUGAUAGAAAGUGUUCAAGUUACCAUCCUCAACAUAAACCAAGGUGCGCAUGUAUGGGUUCUCAAGUGUCAAUGAGAUGAUUCACGAGCUGAUAAAAAAACCAAUGAAAAGAAACUGAGCUCAAGAAAGUGCCUGUAAACUAGAGGGGUGGGACUCGGGCUGUUUCACAAUCAAUUCCUCUUCAUAAUGAAAAUGCGAGAGGAUUUUUUCUUCCUUUUUGUAAAUCUGCUGUAUUUAGUAGACUAGAUUAGAAAAGUACAGUUAUAUGUUCAUAUGACUAGAGUACUCUUUACAUAUUAUUGACCGAGUUAAUUCUUUUGUUCAAUUUAUAGACAUAAGAUAUACCCUGCA